AAAUUUUUCGGACACAAGGGUCGAAUUACAAUAGUCUAUAACUAGUGCGGGCUAAAAUUCAAUUCAAAAUCCCAAAAUGGGGUCACUUUUUCUAAAUAACCAAAAUUAGGGUUUCCUUCAGCUUCAGCUCUCGUUUCGGAAUCUCAUUCCCUUCCAAUCUCAAAUUCCGAGUUUGAAUUCUCCGGAAUCACAACCCGAUUACCCAAAUUUCCAAAGUAGGUUCUGAAAGUUACGACCUUUGGCUGAAAUGGACGACAUGGAAGACGAUGAAAGGUACCACCCGAAACCCUACAACCAUCACAGCUCCUCGAAUCGGCGAAAGAUCCACACCCGGAACAACCCGUAUUCCCGGCCACCUCCCAAUCGAUACGAGCCGGAAGACGACGACGACGCAAUCGACGACGAUCUGGACGAGGAGAAUUACGGCCAAGACGACGUCGUCGUGGAAGAGCAGUACCAGCACCACCCGCACGACCUGAAUCGGAGCUUCGACGCCCCCGCUGAGAACGGCUUCGAGUGGCACCCGAAGAAGAGGAAGCUGAAGAAUUUGGAUUCGGGUUACGAGUUCGCGCCUCGGGUCAAGUUUCCGGGUCGGGUCGGGUCGAGCUCGGAGGAGUGGACGGAGCACGCGGUGUUUGUGCUGCUGGAGGUUUGGGGUGACAGGUUUCUUGAGCUGGGGAGGAAGAGCUUGAGGUCGGAAGACUGGAGUGACGUGGCGGUGAAGGUAUCGGAGGGGAGCAAGUUGGAGAGGAGUGAUAAGCAAUGUAGGAAAAUGCUGGAUAUGCUGAAGAGGAAGUAUAAGAAGGAGAAGGCGAAAGUCGAAGAAACAGGGGGUUCGAGCAAGUGGGGGUAUUUCAAGAAGAUGGAAAUGCUGAUGGCCUCGAAUAUGAGGCAGGAAUGUGGGUUGGCUUGUGGGGUGGAUAAUGGGGAGUAUGUGUUUAUGAAUACGAGGGUGUAUUUGGAGAAGUCGAAUGGGUUUGAUGAGAUGAGGGAUAGUCCAGGGGAGUCAGAGACGGAUGAGGAGGAGAAUGAGAGUGAGCAGAAUGGGUUCGGGUUUGGGAUUCCUCCGAGGCAGGGAGGGGGAGGGGGGUUGGAAGGGUCUUCUUUCCGAGUGUUGGCGGAUUCUAUUCAGAAGUUUGGGGAGAUAUAUGAGAAUAUUGAGAGUAGUAGGAGGCAGCAGAUGAUGGAGUUGGAGAAGAUGAGGAGGGAUUUUAAUAAGGAAAUGGAGUUGCAGAAGAAGCAGAUUCUUGAGAGGGCACAGGCGGAGAUUGCGAAGAUUCAGGAAGCGGAUGAUGAUGAUGAUGAUGAUGAUGAUGAUGAUGAUGAUGAUGAUGAUGAUGAUGAUGAUGACGACUCGGAUGCUUCUGCUGAAGAUCUGAGCGAAUGAUGGAGGUGGGAUUUGUAAAGACUGGCAUCUGAGUGGAACUAUCCGUGGAAAAUUUUCAACUGUUUCGGAGUGGAACCAGCUGCUCUGUGUUGAAGAAAGGAUUUGCGAGCAUACAUUGCGAAUUCUCCUCGUUUCUUGUCUCAGGACUGGCAUUUGACCAUCCGAGUGAAACCAUAUAUAAUUUCAACUGUUUCAGAGUGGAACCAUCUGCUCUGUAUUCAAGAGAAAGAAUCUGCGAGCAUACAAUACAAUUCGUUGCAAGUUUUGUCUGCUCUGAUACAUGUAAUUCGAUAAGGAUGGAAGCUGGUGAUUAACAUGCAACAUAUUCAUCUUUAAUUUUUUUUCCCCUAUUAUAUGCAAAAUUAUUAAUGUUGUUAA